CAAUCAGUUAACUGCGAAGAAGAGGAAGACGGUUCCGCUCUUCUCUGCACAUCGACGACGAUGAAGCUCAAGUCGCUCUCUUUCCCCGCCGAGUGCCCUCCCCUUUCGGUAAUCGCGGCGUCCAAAAUCGCCGGAAUCUCCGUCCCCGCCGACGCCUCUCUCGCUCCCGCUUCUCCCCCGGUUCUCCACUUCUCCGAUGGGCGAAAUCUGCGCGGCGUUCCGCCGCUGCUUCGUUACUUCGGUCGGAUUUCGAAUCUUUGCGGCGGCGAUGCAUUUCAGGAUGCUCAGAUAGUUGAGUGGAUCGAUUACGCUCCCGUGCUUUCGGUUGGUUCGGCUUUCGAGACUGCCUGUAAGCAUUUGGAUGAGUAUUUAGGAAGUCGAACCUUCCUAGUUGAUCAGUCGUUUUCGAUUGCCGAUAUCGCAAUCUGGUCUGGCCUUGCAGGAGCUGGACUUAGGUGGGAGAGUUUGAUGAAGUCGAAGAAGUAUCCGAAUUUAACUAGGUGGUUUAGUUCGAUUUUGGCGGAACACAGUGCUGCAUUGAAUCAAGUAACCGCUGUGCAUGUCGGCAAGAAAGGUGGGGCAGCAAAAUCGAAAGAAAAUCCGGCGAGUCAGCAGCCGAAGGGUGUCAGUGGAGAUGCAGCGAAAGCAGGAACCACUAUGAAAGGAACAUUCGAGGUGGAGCUUCCGGAGGCUGAGUUUGGAAAGGUGAAGUUGAGGUUUGCGCCGGAGCCUAGUGGUUUUCUUCACAUUGGGCACUCAAAGGCAGCUCUGCUGAAUCAGUACUUUGCUCAGAAGUAUGGAGGUGCGGUUAUCCUGAGGUUUGAUGAUACGAAUCCCGCUAAGGAAAGUAAUGAGUUUGUGGACAAUCUCAUCAAGGAUGUUGAGACUUUGGGUGUUAAGUAUGAGAUCAUUACCUAUACUUCCGAUUAUUUCCCUGAGUUGAUGAAAAUGGCUGAGAAGCUGAUUGUCGAAGGGAAAGCAUAUGUUGACGAUACACCUAGGGAGCAGAUGCAAAAAGAGCGAAUGGAUGGGAUUGAGUCUAAGUGUAGAAACCACAGCAAAGAGGAAAAUUUGAAGUUGUGGGAGCAGAUGAUUGCAGGUUCAGAGAGGGGGCUGCAGUGUUGUAUAAGAGGGAAGCUGGAUAUGCAGGAUCCGAACAAAUCACUCAGAGAUCCUGUCUAUUACCGUUGCAAUCCAUUGCCGCAUCACAGGAUUGGGUCCAAGUACAAGGUCUACCCCACUUAUGAUUUUGCUUGUCCAUUUGUUGAUGCCAUUGAAGGUAUAACUCAUGCACUUCGAUCUAGUGAGUACCAUGAUCGCAACGCCCAGUACUAUAGGAUUCAAGGUGAUAUGGGACUGAGAAAAGUGCAUAUUUAUGAGUUCAGUAGGUUGAACAUGGUAUAUACACUCCUCAGCAAGCGCAAGCUUUUGUGGUUUGUUCAAAAUGAGAAGGUCAACGGGUGGGAUGAUCCUCGAUUUCCCACUGUUCAAGGAAUUGUGCGUAGAGGUCUCAAAAUUGAAGCAUUGAUACAGUUCAUUCUGGAGAUGGGGGCUUCGAAGAAUCUGAAUCUUAUGGAAUGGGACAAACUGUGGACAAUUAACAAGAAGAUUAUUGAUCCUGUAUGCCCAAGACACACUGCUGUCAUUGAAGAGGGACGAGUGUUGUUGACCCUCUCUAAUGGCCCUGAGAAGCCAUUUGUCCGCAUAAUACCUAGGCAUAAGAAGUAUGAAGGUGCUGGAGAGAAGACAACAACAUUCACAAGGAGCAUAUGGGUAGAUCGAGCUGAUGCGGAGUUGAUAUCAGUUGAUGAGGAGGUCACUUUGAUGGAUUGGGGGAAUGCCAUAGUUAAGAAGAUUGAGAGGGACCAAGAUGGAAAUCUUUCCCUCUUUGGCGUUUUGCAUCUUGAAGGAUCUGUGAAGACCACCAAAUUGAAGCUUACUUGGCUGCCCAAAAUUGAUGAACUAGUUAAGCUCUCGUUGAUGGAGUUUGACUAUCUGAUAACAAAGAAGAAGCUUGAGGAAGGCGAGGAUUUCCUUGAUGUGGUUAACCCAUGUACCGAAAAGGAGACAGCAGCCCUUGGGGAUUCCAACAUGCGUAAUCUGAAGCGUGGAGAUGUAUUGCAACUUGAGAGGAAAGGAUACUUCAGAUGUGAUGUUCCCUACCUCAGGCCUUCAAAGCCUAUUGUUCUCUUUGCAAUCCCUGAUGGCAGGCAGCAGGCUGGGCUUAAGUGAGGCACUUCCACAAGAGUUUUGGAUUCAGUAUGUGUUUCAAUAAUUGUUAGUACACAUUGAAUAGUAGAAGUUUUAAGUAGUUUAACCAAUUUUCACUUAUAUCAUACUGUCAACCAAGUAUUUUUCUAUUAUGUCAUCUUUGGCGGCGGGAAGUUAUAACCUGCUUUACAUUUUUUUACUAUAUGCAUUAAUCUGCUGGGUAUUAGAUUUAAUUAGUUUCCAUUCU